AAAACGAGUCGGGCGAUUACAGACUACAUUUUCCCAAAAAUACAUUUAUUGGCAAGAGUUGUUUACAAAGACUCCAAAUUGAACUUUUUUGAAACGCUGUUUACCUUUUCCUAUUCUAUUUUCUAAAUAUUUGUAUAUAUUUUGUAGCGAAAAUAGUUGUGUUCAUGAUAACAUUUUAUUUUGUACAUGGAUAAAGGUUGUUAUAAUCGUCGGACUAACAAGUCGAACGAGGCGCGCAAUGAUCAGAACUACUGCCAAAUGGGUCGUGUGGACAAACCGGAAGAUGAUUACCUUGUGUAUUCGAGGGCAGGCAACAAAUCGCGCAUACACCUCGAAGCCAUAUACGAUGAUCGGUAUUGGCCGCGACCUGAAUGCGAGAAGUCAACGCAAACCUUGCUUUACGACUGUCCACGCUGCAACAGAGAGUCGACAGCUCAGCAGACCGACGGCUCAAUACGACAAUUCAGCCAACCCGACGGGCAAUGCAGCUAUCAGCGUUACAAAAGAAACGAUCCAACCGAGGACCUCCUUUUAAGUGACUAUCGAAAACAGUACGGCAAACAGCCGCUACAGAAAACCAACGCCGAGUUGCCCGAGGGCCAGACUGAAAGAAGUCGCAAGCAAUUGAGCUUCGAGCGAAACGACCAGAAUGCUCGGCAGAAUGGCACGGAUAUUCCCGCAGCGUCAGGUGCAGGCCAGCUGCCGAAACGUUACGAAAGGCCGUCUUGCUAUCAGCCUACAUGCGGCAACAUGAACAAGGAGCUGCGAACGCCGUCUCGGCCAACGGAAGAAGCUAUUCCGCAACGUCAUCAGCGAUACAACGAAUGCUUGGAGCCGCCUGCCGAGCCUGUCGAGGGCCGUCUUCCCAGGGAUUGUCAGAAGCAGUACAACAGCUAUAAGACGUCACACAAGGAGCUGCCGACUCUGGCAAUGGAUGGACUCGGUCAAAGACGUUCCAAGCAGCAGCACCAGCGGAUGGGAGAUGAGCACGAGCCGAUGGAGAGACGCGAUUUACCUGCCAAGCACCAGACAUCACCUGGGGAUCUGCGUCUGCCAAGGGAUUAUCGCUUGCACUCUACCAACAACGGGGCCAAGGAGUUGCAUACUCCGUUUCCGGCUACCGUGGACACCGCUGCAAAGGAUUAUUACCGCAAGGAGUUGCCUAUUCCAUUAACGAAAGACUACAUUCCAAAGCGUAAUGCCAAACAGGUAAAUUUUCAAUCAACCAAGGAAGUGCCUGCUCCUAGCCAUCACAAGAAUCAUUCAGGCCAUCAGCGCACCUACAGCAAUGUCGUCAAAGACGUGCCUUCACUACCAAAUAAAGAUCUGGAUCCGAGAUCCGAACAUGUGCCGGCUUAUGGCAAUACUACUAAGGAGGAUCCGCAGCAAGCGCGUAAUCAAACCAAAUUUGUGGCACCCAGUAGACAUUUGGACAUAGACUGCACGCCACAGUCCCAACAGCAGCAGCCUAGACGUGCUCCGAAGUCGAGUCAAUACCCUGGCCCUAGCGGAGGUCGUGUGCUGUACAAGAAUGCAAGGUUUGCAAAUGAUUCGAGCGUGGAGCGUGGCAAAAAACGCGACAGCUUGGUUGAUUUGCUCUACUUUAAAAAGCCAACUAAAUUUGACUACACUUCAACCGAUUCCACUUCGGCCUUGAUUCAAAUGAACGAGGAUAUGGCAAGAAUGUUUGACCUGUACACUACGGACUCCGCCAGCACGCAACAGACGCAGGAACGUAAGGACGAAAUGAACGAUCCGCCAAAAACCAUAAAACACGAGCACCAACUGCCAUCGCUGGGCUUGACCAGUCCCACUAAGAAUAGCCCAGUGACGCCCAACAAAAACGCGAAUGAUGAUGGUCCUACAAUGAUCGUGGAUGGCUUCAAGCUAAGUGCCAAGGAUAUGAUCGAUACCAUGGUGACAGCGCCAAUGAUACGCCGAGUACAGCGCAUAUAUAGAGCCAAUUUAGCUGAACAAAUGCUGCUGGUGCAGGAACUUGACAGCAUUCCAAAGUUGGUGAAAGAGACCCUGGAGAACGUAAGAAAGAACUAGGUAGGCAACACCUUAAGCGAUUUACCCGUUCAUUGACUUCGCUCCAUUAACAGCACAAAGUUUACUCUACAGCAAGAGAAAUGUUUUAAUUAAAGUUUAAAUAAAUUAUUGGUUAAUUGUUAAGAUGGUAAAAACAUUUCCUCGAAAA